UGAUAAUAAAAUAUUUUUGCUGCAAAACUCAUGUAUUAUCUUUAUAUUAGUAUAGAAGAAAGGAAAUAAAACCACUAAACACUUUGUACACCAAAGUUAGUUUUAAUUAUGAUAUUUGAGAGCAGUUUUUUUUUUUGGACUAUUGAUCAAUGGAAGUUUUUGAAGGGUAAAAUUGGCAAUAAGAAAAGUCCAGCCCAAACUCUUCUAUCAUUUUUAUAUAUUAGUAUAGAUUAGUAUAGAUAAUUGAAUUUUUUCUACUUCAACUCAUGUUUUUACAAUAACAACAGCAACAACAACAAUGGAUUUGUAUCCUCCUUUUUUUUUUCCUCCAAUUCCCACAACUUUAAAUCUUUGACAAUAUCAUACCAAAAAAUAAAAUAAACAUUUGACAAUGAAAAAAUCAAUCCCUUAAACCCCUAUUUGUUGGUUGUGUAACAGUGUAACAAAAGCAUAAGCAACUACUUGGAAAUUUUGGCUGAAAGAAAAGCUUGACGUUACUCUUUCCUCAACAUGCUGCACAAUAUAAAUGGUACCCCUAAGCUUGCCAUUCUCAUCAUCAUUGGAUAAACCUUACCAUUCUAUAUUCAACAUUCAUCUUCAUCAAACCUUGUCUUCAAAAUAACAUCAAUCAAUAUCAAUAUAGUUUAGACUAAUUUGGUCAUUACUCAUUACCAUAGAUCACAAUCAUUCAAUGGAAAGAGAAGGAAGUAUUUAUCUACAAAUUGGUGAAGUCGUCAGAGAAACCGACAUCACAGGCAUAACCAUAUUUGAGCCUUCUUUACCAAGUAACAUUGAGAAAUCAGAAAGUGACACUGACAUUGCAAAUUCUGUCUCUCCACCACCAACCUCGUCAAAUGUAGCACCAGAAAAAAAACUGACCCUUUUUGCUCUUCAACUUGCAGUGCUUGAAAAAACAGCAACUGGGUUAGGAACUCUUGGUUUCAUCUGGGCUACUGUUGUUCUUCUUGGAGGUUUUGCUGCCACCUUACAAAGAACCGAUUUCUGGUUCAUCACCAUCAUACUUGUUGUUGAAGGUACUAGAAUUUUCAGUAGGAGUCAUGAGCUUGAAUGGCAGCAUCAAGCUACAUGGUUCAUUACCGAUUUUGGAAUUGGAUUCAAAAGUUUCAUGGAAGUGAUGUCCACUUCAAAGCACAGAACUGAGGUAACAACACCAAGGACACCAACUAGGAUGUGGAUUAGCUCAGAAGUUCCACUCUUACCAUAUGCUAAAUGGUUUUUUCUUUCAAGGCAUGUUAGUAGAAUUCACUAUUGGCUUCAACUUAUUUCUGCAACAGCUUGUGUGAUUCUCUCAUCAAUAAUACUGGUUAAGCAUGAUUUUGAUGUGGCGGUGAACGGAGACACCGGUAAGAGGAACCUUCAAUCCGCUCUCAUUAUCUUUUAUUCCUUGGCUCUUGCAGAAGCUUUGGUGUUUCUAAUGGAAAAAGCUUAUUGGCAAUGGCAAGUCAACCAUUGUAAAUUGUUGGAACAGGUUACUGAUGAGUGUGGUUUAGGGUCGUCCGGAAUGGUAUCGAUUAGACGGUUCUUCUAUGAUACAUAUUCGAAAUGUGUUAAUGGAAGCAUAUUUGAUGGGUUGAAAAUGGACAUGGUAAGCUUUGCUAUGGAUCUCUUGGCUUCUAAUUCACCUGAUGAGCAGCUCAUGGGAGCAAGAAUUCUUAGGCAGUUUUUGAAAAACGCGCGGUUUUCCGAGGAUACACUUCAAAAGAUUGGAAUUGACAUAUCAGUUGUUGAGAGACUAGUUGAGAUGUUGAAUUGGACAGAACACAAGGAGGAAGAAAUUAGACUUUCAGCUGCAGAGAUUUUAUCAAAACUAGCCGGUAUGAAGCAGAAUUCUCUCCGGAUAGCCGGGAUACCGGGAGCUAUGGAAUCAAUAUCAACUCUUAUAGAAACUAACAGGAGUUUAAUUCCUGCAGCUGAUGAAAUCGGUAAAAAGAAUCUUCAAUUUGAUCAUCUUAGUUACACUUCCUGUACAUUUAACCAUUUAGGACUUCUAAUACUGAAAAGACUUGCGCGUGACCAUGAUAACUGUGGAAAGAUUGGAAAUACAAGAGGCCUUCUUCCAAAGAUCAUAGAUUUCACACAUGCUGAAGAAAAGUUGUUGAACAGUGAAAAUGUUAAUCCAUCACAAAUUCUAACUGUGAAGAGAUCUCUGCAACUGUUGAAGAUGCUGGCUAGCACAAUAGGCACCACUGGAAGACACCUUCGAAGAGAGAUAUCAGAGAUAGUUUUCACUUUCAGUAAUAUUAGAGAUAUUUUAAGGCAUGGAGAGAAACAUCCCUUUCUACAGAAACUGAGCAUUGAUAUUUUAACCAGCCUAGCAUUAGAAGGCGAUGCAACAGAGAGAAUUGGGGAUACAGGUGGAGUGCUUCAAGAAUUGUUCAACAUAUUUUUCAAAUACAGCAUUCCAGAAGAUCGGAAAGGUGUAAAUUUAACAGUUGCUGCUGGUGAGGCCUUAGCAAUGCUGGCAUUAGAAAGCAAGAGUAACUGUCAUAGAAUUUUGAAGCUGAAAUUACUGAGAAGGCUUGUAGAAGCAUUGAAAGAUCCAUUGCUUUGCGUCAAUUCAGCCAGAAUUCUAAGAAAUUUAUGCAUCUAUAGUGGUUCAGAAUGCUUCCACCAACUAAGGGGAGUAACAGCUGCAACACCUAUAGUAAGUGUUUUUCUGACCAUUAUUAUAUUUUUGAACUACCAGCAUAUGUAUCUUGAUUAUGGUUUUGACAUUGUUCAACCUUGCAGAUACUUCAAGCAAUCAUGUCAGAAGAAAACAAGAUACAAGAAGUGA